AUGGAUGCUCUGCUGAAGCUUUCCGUCCUCCUCCUCCUCUGUCUUUCGCCAGUCCUCUCCGCUCCAAGCAACCCAUCCGCCGCCAUCAUCGGCAUUUCUCAUCUCGACUCGGCGCCAUCCUCCUCAAUUGGCGGCAACUGUUCACUGCCGACUCCCCAGCCGCAGAGCGCACACUCAGAGACCAUAGCUUCCGCCGUCUCCGACCUCCGAUUCGGCGCCGUCCGCCUCCAGGAUCUUGAUCCCAACCUCAUCAAAGCCUUCGACUUCACCAACACCUCCCUGCUUCUGUCAAUUCCAGACGGCCUCCUCGCUCCGCUGGGUUCCAAUCGCACUCUGGCUCGCGUCCACGUUCUCCCUUUCUACCCACGCUUCAAGAACGCCACAAUCUCCGUCGGCGAGGACGAAUUUUCCCUGUCCAAGCUCUCAUCGCUGCUUCCCGCCACACGCAACGCCCUCCGAGACAACGGAAUGAGGUCCAUCUCUGUCUCCACGACCUUUUCCUUCGUCUGCGUCCUUAAGACGGCGUUUCCUCGUCCGGCGGCGUCUUUCCAGGAGACAAUCGGCGAAGCGGCUAUCCGACCACUGCUCCAGUUCCUCCAAGGCACCAAUCCUACCUUCUUGCGCAAUCUUUACCAGUACAACCAAAACGGGUUGGCUCUGUUUCAAGAAGGGGCUUUUAGCUUCCGCGACGAUUUCGCCACUGGAGUCCGGUACGGCAAUUUGACGGAGGAUGCUGUCCUUACUUCCUUCGCUGUUUCCGGUGAUGAAGACAUCCCCUUGGUCGUCGCUGACCCUAAUCCGGCGUACUUGAAGACGUUGGUCGGACAAUUGAUCUCCAGCAACGGAACGCCGCCAAGGAAAGAAGCUGUGGCGCAGGCCUACAUCGACGAGCUGGUUGAAGCCGAUCCCAAGCAGCAGCUGCAUCACCUUGAAGUUUCCUUCGCACCAAAGAACUGGGCUUGGGGAAUUGUCUUUGUCAUGCUGUUCUUCUGGGUUCUUGUUAUGGACACCCCAGACGAAUCAGAAGCUUGGGUGAGGGUGCUUCUCGGUACCCUAAUUUGCGUGGCGGGCUUCGGUGUGUCCCUUCUGAAAUUGAUUAGAGUUGACAACGUUCGUAGAAUGGUGUAUGUUGUGAUGUUGGGUCUGCUUCACUAUCUAAUGUCAAAGUGGGAGCACCUUGAAGCUGGGGUAUUUCAAUUCAAAACGCUUCAGCACCAUGACAAGCUAGAAAUCAUUUUUGCUUUCAUGAGCCUGGAAGCUCUGUCACUAGAAUGUCCAUAUGAUGGGAAAACCAACAGUCUCCUUCAAGAUGCUGCUGUCAGUGGAAUUGGUUGUUACUACAGUGAUGGAAGGGCAACUGCGCAAAUUCCGGUUGAGAAUGAACGUGGAUCUCAUUUGUCCAAGGAGGGAUGGAUGAACCUUAUGGAUUCAUUCCACAGAAGGAUGGCUGUCAUGGUAAACAUGGUCCAGUACAAGAACCAUUGUGAUUCCUUGAAGUGGCAAUGGAGGAUUUGGUCUAAGCUGGUUGCCACUAGUGACAUGAAAUGGGAUCUAGUUGCCGGUGCCUUAACAUUCCCUCCAAGAUUAACAGGACCAUUCUCCUACUGGCUUGUGGUCCACUCUGCUAAUGAUGAUGGGGCAGUCUUCUGCCCUGAAGUUGUCGAUCUUACAGAGGAUGAUCUCGUAGGAAAGUUUACCUUAGGUAUCUCCAUGGCCACUGCUCUGUCACUCGCCAUUGCAAACCCGACACUGGCUGUUGCACCAAACAUGUUCGCCUCAGGGAGAGCAAGUGAAGGAGUACUUGAAGGAUCCUAACAAGUUUGUUGUUUCUAGAAGUAAAGUGGCAUGGUAUUAAUCCCCAAACAUUAACGAAGCUAGUUCUUUGAAUGCUUGGAGGGUGGAUUUCUGGAUCUGCUCGUUGGGAAGUGCUCUUCCAUGACCAAGGACAGGCCUCUGUCGUGGGUUUCCUCUGUAAAUAUCUUCAAGAACUAAUACCAUCAGGAAUGGUUGAUCCAUCACCAAGAAAUGAAUCCUUUCAUUCAAGCAUUAAUCUUGAAGCUGAUGUGAUGCUUGGUUAUUAGACGAACAGAAAGGAGCUCGCUCGCUCGCCAGUGAAUUUGCCGAGCUGAGGUUCGGUAACACUGUAUCUUGAACAAGCUUUGGACUACUGCACCAGCAAAGGAGGGGCUACUUACCAUGAUCUCAAUGGGUAUAGUUUCUUAUUUGAUAACGCUAACCUUGAAUGUGCCCAGUUUCAAAUGUUUCGCUUCCACCUUUUUCCCCCCUUCUUUCUCAGUUAAUAUCACUUUGUUUGGAUGGAGGUUGGGAUGUGAAUUGGAAGCUCUCUUGCUUUGACCUGAUGGAGUGUUGGAGAAAUGGCGAGAUGAAACAGUUGCAACAUCAAUCUUGCAGUUUCUCCACCAGUCCUGACUCCUGAGGGGUUUGAUUCAGAUGUUUCAUCGACGACAUUGAGGGACCUGGUCCUGUCAUGCAUUUUGGUGGCAAGCUUGUUUCAUUUUUUUUUUUUUUUUUUUACAGUAAGCUUGUUUCAUUUUUAAUGUCUCCGUUUGGUGGCAGAAAAUACUCACUUAUCCGAG